AUGUCGACUUCUAGAUCAGACCACCUGACAAUUAACAACUAUGCCCAGACUACAUCGGGCCAACAGCGGUCGUCCUCGCCCACGACAAGCACGUCUCCCAAUGAUCCAUUGGGAGCUCCCAUGAGGUCACCGUUUGGACUCUCGUCCAGCAAAAUGCAGGGAAUUUCGCGUUCCGGUAAUGGUUCUCCCUCGCACGACUUGAGUACCUCCAGCAGGUUAUACAAAAGUCGCGCCCGCGAGCUUCAGCAGCAGGAAGGCAUGAGUGGGUUGCCUAACCCUUGGGGUGGGCCACCCACCAGUGGCAACUCCACGCCUCUUCGUGAGAACAUACCCGAGUCCCCAACAGAUGGCUUCCCGGACUUUGCACAGCUUCCGACUUCGGACAGCCUCCCGCAACCGAGGCGAGCCCGCGCCGGAACCUUGCCCUCAAGGUUUUCCCCUGGCGGUGCCAGCAACGGGUUGUUGAACAUUCCGUCCUUGGCCGCUAAGACCUCGAGGCCAACGCCUACCCAGAGCCCCUUUAACAAGACUCCCUCACCAGGCCUGGAGCCCUCGGAGCCACAGCCUAGCUCUUCUACUCUUCUUUCCAGAUUGCGUGCAGGAUCAAUGCCACAACGCAGCCCAUUCGCACCCCAAAUCCCGGGGACAAGCUCACCUUUUGGCCCAUCCAUUUUCACUAGCUGGAACCCGACCGGCACUGGCCGCGAGCGUGGUGCGACUCUGGCUAGCAUCGCAAGCAUUGGUUCCAACGGCCCAGAUUCGCCUGCCCAAUCCGCCUUUUCUGCAGGUGGUGCAGGUGAGAAUGACGUCCACAUGCGUACCCUCGAUUAUCUAGGUCUGGCAGAGACCACACCGCAGCCUUCUAGGGCACAGCUUGCCACGCCGUACAUCCCAACCUUGGCAGACUUCACAAAGCAGGCAAACCGAUUCCGAUCUUACUCCGUCAACAACAAGGAUAAAUAUGCAGACGAGGAGGAGGAUGACUUUGACCCCGAAGAGCUUGCGGCAUAUGAGGCUCGCCUGGUUGCUGCCCAGCUCCAAGAUCAGCUUGCGGCGACCAACGCUGCGAUUCACAACCACAACCUUGCUGUGCAGCAGGCGUUUGCAAGCCAGGCUGCCGUCUCGCGGCCUCGUGCUAGAACUGCAGGUGUCCUGGAUGCUCCAUCACGGAUUAUGAGGGGCUUCUAUCCGACCCCAUCGCGCCUUGAUAAUGCUAUGAGCGCCGCAGACAUCAGGCUGACCGACGACAAGGACUUUGACGAUCUGCCACAAGCCGUUGCUGCACUCACUCUGGGAAGGUCUAGCAGCACAAACAAUGGCCUUCUCGGCGUGGAAGAGCAGGGUCUUGAGGGUCCUACGAGUGCUCUAUGGCUUGGUAGCAUCCCUACUUCUACGACGACGUCGACACUGACUGAGAUGUUCAAAUCAUACGGACCAAUUCUGUCUGCCAGAGUCCUUACCCACAAGAACUGUGGCUUCGUGAACUUUGAGCGUGUCGACAGCGCAAUCUCGGCCAAGUCCGGUAUGAACGGCAAAGAGAUAUUCCCUGGAGCAGGCCCCAUCCGCAUCAACUUUGCCAAGCCCCCUUCGGCUUCCAACACUCCCGGCCAUGACGGCGCAUUCCCUUCCCCGAGCCCCGACCCGUUCGCCAAGGGACAAGACGGGGCACAGGCCGGAAAGGCAGGUGGUGCCGGUAGUGACUCUUCUGCACCGCAACCUGGGAACGUGACUCCGACGGUGCCACCUCUGCGCGAGAUGGCCUCUGAUAUCGCAGCGAUUGUACAGCAGUUCGGUGCUACUGAUGAAGACACGUUCCGCAUCUCGCACAGCGUGCAGCGAGCUACCCAGUUCACCAACUUCGCCGACGAGAUCCCUCCGAUCAAGGAGCCUGGCCACACCCGUGUCCACGACGCACCCAAGCUGCGUGAUAUCCGCAAGAGAAUUGACAACCAGAGCUUGUCGAGCGCCGAGAUUGAGAGCAUUGCUGUCGACAUGCUACCUGAGAUUGCCGAGUUGUCAUCGGACUAUCUUGGUAAUACGGUUGUCCAGAAACUGUUCGAGCACUGCAACGAUGAGCUGCGAGACGCCAUGCUCGGUGAGAUUGCACCCCAUAUGGCCGAGAUUGGUGUACACAAAAAUGGCACCUGGGCCGCACAGAAGAUCAUCGACGUGUGUAAGACACCGAAACAGAUGAUGAUGAUUGUGGACCACCUUCGACCUUACACAGUGCCGCUCUUUUUGGAUCAGUAUGGAAACUACGUUCUACAGGGAUGCCUUAAGUUUGGAGCCCCGUACAACGACUUCAUCUUCGAGACUAUGCUCAGCAAGAUGUGGGAGAUCUCGCAGGGCCGGUACGGUGCUCGCGCCAUGCGGGCUUGUCUGGAAAGCCAUCACGCGACUAAAGAUCAGCAACGAAUGUUGGCGGCCACGAUCGCCCUUCACAGCGUGCAGUUGGCCACCAACGCUAACGGGGCUCUGCUCCUGACGUGGUUCCUGGAUACAUGCACGUUCCCUCAGCGGCGCACUGUUCUCUCACCGCAGCUGAUCCCCUACCUCGUCCACCUUUGCACGCACAAGGUUGCAUAUCUCACAGUUCUCAAGGUUAUCAACCAGAAGACUGAAGCCGACGCUAGGGACACAAUCCUCAAAGCGCUCUUCUUCACAAAGAACGAUCAGGUCUUGGAAGCCAUCCUCUCGGAUCAUGCUUGCGGCGCUACCUUGAUUUUCAAGGUCCUCACCACCCCGUUCUUUGAUGAGAACAUCCGGAAUCAGGUCGUUGAGAAUGUCAAGAACGUCCUUGUUCGAAUCAAAGCGCAGCCUUCGCAGGGCUACAAGCGUCUUAUGGAUGAGGUUGGCCUGUCUACUCGCAAUGGAGGGGUUUCACGGGAUCACAGCUCAAACAACGACCGUCCACGUCCCGGCUCUAGGCAGGCUAGCAUGAACUCGCACCACCGUGAGCAACAGCAGCAGCAGUCUCAGUCCCAGGCCCAACAGAAACAACAGUCGCCGGCACAAACCCAGCCCCAGCAGCAAGCUCAACAGACCCAAACUCCGCCCCAAUAUGGCGGAUCAAGCCAGUUCUUCAACCCGCUAAACUCGACUCCUGGUGCACAGGGCUUCGAGGCAGGCUUUGGCAUGGCCAGGAGCGACAGUGUUGAGCCGAACCUUCCGCAGCAGUUCCCUGCAUACGGAGCGCAGUCCCAGAUGUUCCCUGGAGCCAAUGGACCGAUGGGUGGCGCCGUGAACCUGCAGCAGUUGCAAUACCAGCAGAACCUGUUGUCCCGGGCCACUCCACCUAUGGGUAGCUAUUUCCCUUCUAUGCAGGCAGGCUAUCCAGGGUUCCCCAACCCUGCUUCCUCGAUGGACCAGUUCCGCGGCCAAGGUCUGGCCAACGGCAGCCCUAUCCAGCCGCCCAGUGCUCCCAUGGCGAUGCCAGGCGGCCAAAUGGGUCAAGUGCCAUUUGGUGGCCCACCUGGCUUUGGGAUGCCCGCUGCUGCCGGGGCGAUGCCGGACGGGUUUGCAUACGGAGGCGUGCCAAAUGUGACCUACAUGCAACAGGGUCAGGUCAACAACGCAAGGCGCGGACGUGUAAGCCCACAGAACUUGACCCAUGAUCGUUUGCAAUGA